AACGAACCACCUAUCGUUGAUUAUCAAUAUCCUAUUAUCGGACAUACAUGGAGUUUUACAACGAAUUGUAAAAAGUUAAUUUCAGAGUCACGUAAAAAGUAUGGCGAAACGUUUUCGUUAUACAUAUUCGGUCAAGUAAUUACUAUAACAGGAAAGGAAAUGGGUUUUGAGGUAUUCAAUAAACAUAAUGAGUUUAGUUUUUACAGGGGUACUGAUACGCAUUUGGUGAUGGAUUAUGUACUUCCCUACGCCGCGAUGAAUAUUGAUAAAACUGCUAAAAUAUUUAGAACCUUUUUCAAAAGGAACAUAGGCAAUAUUACGGAUCUUUUACAACAAAAUAUUUCUAAUUCUAUUGAAAACUAUAUUGGCGAAUGCGUUGAACCGAAGGUCAUUAGUAUUCCAUAUAAUGUUUUUUUAAAAAUUUUUUCGAGAGUAUCUACGAAUAUUAUUAUCGAUGAUGAAUGCUCUCAAUAUGAGGAAGUUAUAGAUCUCUUUGAAAACUUUACUAAUUUAGUUGUAUCA